CGCAUAUAUACUUCCGUAGAAGUUCAUUGUGCCGGUCUACCUACUGAGGCGAUGCAAGCUCUAGUGCUAUUCAUUGCAGUCCUCGGCUACGCCCAAGCCACGAAAUGCGGCAUCAGAAAAGAAAACAGCAGGGUCCCUCGCAUGAGUGGAGGGACGGACGCUCUCCCCAACGAGUUCCCAUGGCAGGUGGCAAUGACAGAGAAAAGCUGUGGAUGGACCGACUUCAACUGUGGCGGCUCCGUCGUUAACGAUCGCUGGGUCGUGACCGCAGCGCGCUGUGCUCGCAAGAAUGCUUCCGACUACACAGUCUUGGUUGGAAAGCACCAGUUGCGUGGGUGUGAGGCAACGCAAGAUUACAGAACCGUCGACAAGAUUAUAGUGCAUCCGAAGUAUAAUGGAAAAACCUUCGACUACGAUGUUGCUUUGAUGCGACUAUCGACGCCUCUGGAUUUGAACGAUUACGUGGGACCCGUCUGCUUGCCCGAUGAGGAUGACGACUACACCAAUGUGACGUGCACGACAAGUGGAUGGGGUGACGUCGUAACAAAAAAUGGAACUUUCAUUCAGCCCGAGACCCUGCAGAAAGUCGAUCUUCCCGUUUUGAGUAGUGGAAAGUGUGCCAAAACAUUUGGUACAGGGUACAACAGGAACAGCAUGAUUUGUGCUGGGAUUGAUGGUACAGCCAAGGGACCAUGCUCCGAUGACUGGGGUGGUCCUUUGGUCUGCCCAAGAAACGACGGACGGUGGGUGCUUGCAGGAAUCGCUUCUUGGGGAAAUAGAGAGAAAUGUGCCGGACCUGCAGUCUAUUCACGAGUCACGUCGUCCACGACUUGGAUUCAGGAUACCAUCUGCAAAGACCACAAUUGCUCAUGAUAUCCUACAGCAUAAUUUUUUUGUGUUUUAAUCUUCUUGGAAGUAAAGGGGCUGGAUUAUGUUCGGCCAAUAGCUCGGC